CCAAAUAAUUGGCUCAGGAUUAUCGCGGAACCCGUAUCACGCUUCGCGCUGCUAUCCUGGUACUACCUGAGCAAAAGGAUGGCAUCACCAAUUUUCUCUGUCCCACUAAUUUCUUUCUUCGGAAGGACGAUGACCUACUUGAUGUUUCAGGGGAGUUUCCAUUAUAUAUCUCAAGGGAUCUGAUUUUUAUCAUUGUGCAGCAACACACAUUGUGAGUAAGCAUGAAUAAACUAUUGGAAUUUGGAAGGAAGGCAAUGUUUGUAGUAAGAGUCCUUACUGGAUAUGAGGAGAGAAGACUUAGGGCUUACAAUAUGCAGCUCCGAAAACGACUGCAGCUGGCUCAAGAAAGAAAGGAAGCCUUGAGAAGGAUGCCAGAACAGUCAAUUCUAACAGAGGUUCGUCGCAUGGUUGAAGAGAUGCAAAAUGUCAACCGAAAGUUGGACGAAACUGAGGCUGCCAUCGAAGAAUAUUUUAAACCAAUAGACAAGCAGGCCGACCUUCUAAUGAACAAACAGCUUGAAGGAGAGGAAAGGAACAUGAAAGAGAUGGUAAAAAUCAUGCAAGAAAGGGUUUUACAAGAGGCAGCUGAGGCAGAGAGGAGAGCCAACGCGGAGAUGACAGAGGAAGCAACCAUUAUUGAUGUUAAACAACAAAUUAAAGAAACAGAAUCAAAACCAAGUGAGAAGGCAUCUGCAAGAAGUCCAUGAUAUAAAUAUUUCAGUGUUCCUGUGAAAUAAAUGGUUUCGCAAUGCAAUAUGAAAGAGGGCCAAUGGUUACUACUCGUCAGCUGCUGCUAUUCGAGCUUCAGAUAUUGUGGGAAAACACCAACUGCCUAAAGCAUCAAAGCCAAGAGGCACCGGCCAUGUUUCUAUGGAUCUUGAAAGGAUGAGGAGAACUUUUGGCAUCUUUGUUCUUUGGAAUGAGAUCCAUUUAAAUGGAAGUGGAUGUGGAGACGGACCUGUUACGAUCAUUGUUAGCAAUUUGUGAUCGUACUAAAUAACUGCUUAAAAGGUUUUUGUGCCAGCACAGCUGCGGUUUGACAUUAUUUCGUUUUCGGUUUUAGGUCGAUUUGUGGUUUCAAAUAGUGAAGAAAUACUACUUGUUUAUUUUUAAUUUUUUGUUAUAGGAUUCUCAAAUGAAUAAGAGAUGGUGGUAAAGAGUCUACAAAUAGCAUAGCAAUUGUGGGAAAUUAAAUAAUAUAUAUAUAGCACAGCUGUUACUAUA